GCGGGGCGGGCGGGCGCGCAGAGAGGCGGCGCAGUCCGCACGAUGGCGUACCCCGGGCACCCUGGCGCCGGCGGCGGGUACUACCCGGGCGGGUAUGGAGGAGCUCCCGGAGGACCUGCGUUUCCCGGACAAACUCAGGAUCCGCUGUAUGGUUACUUUGCUGCUGUAGCUGGACAGGAUGGGCAGAUAGAUGCUGAUGAAUUGCAGAGAUGUCUGACACAGUCGGGCAUUGCUGGAGGAUACAAACCUUUUAACCUGGAGACUUGUCGGCUUAUGGUUUCAAUGCUGGAUAGAGACAUGUCAGGAACAAUGGGUUUCAAUGAAUUUAAAGAACUCUGGGCUGUACUGAAUGGCUGGAGACAACACUUCAUCAGUUUUGACAGUGACAGAAGUGGAACAGUGGAUCCUCAAGAAUUGCAGAAGGCCCUGACAACAAUGGGAUUUAGGUUGAGUCCCCAGGCUGUGAAUUCAAUUGCUAAGCGGUACAGUACCAAUGGAAAGAUCACCUUCGAUGAUUACAUCGCCUGCUGCGUCAAACUGAGGGCGCUCACAGACAGCUUUCGAAGACGGGAUACUGCUCAGCAAGGUGUUGUGAAUUUCCCAUAUGAUGAUUUCAUUCAGUGUGUCAUGAGUGUUUAAAUCGACAGGAAACUGUAUGAACAUAUUUGACAUUCCGUCUUUGGGUUCUCCUUUGCUCCUCCUCGUUGCCUUCAGUAAUGUGUGUAAGCUUACAUUGCCACUUUUCCUUACCUGCUUGUUGUAAAGGUUUAUUACUUUAGGUGCAACUGGAGUUUUGUUUUUAGUUUUGAUAAUAAAUUCUUUGGACUUUUAAUAAUGUAAGAUGGGGUCUGUUACGCCAUUUAAAAUUUACGCGAGCUAUUGUUAAUCAUAUCUUAUUUUCUGCCUAAACCACUUGUGUGUAAAUUUAAGUAUGCAAAAUGUUUAAGGCGCAUUAUAUAUUUUUCACUAUAAAGAUACUAAAAACUUUUAAUCAGAGCUCAGCUGUUCUCUUUCCUCUCCCAGAGGGGCUUUUAUAAGUGGUAUUGAAAGUUUUAAGUCUGGAAUAUUCUUAAGUAAAUGAUUUAGACCCACUUGGGUGCAAAAAGAAUGUGGUGUAAUCCAUGUCAGUGUUCACCUUAGUGGAAAGUUAGCACAGGCUUUAAGGCUGACAGAUAUUUUGAUGGCCCUAUGAAUGGACAGAGAACUUGAGUGAUUAUUUUUUGCCUCUUUAAACCCUAUUGAAUAAUUUGAGUGGCAAAUACUAUUACCAAGUCUUCUUUGUCAUUGUCCAUGUAGACCUUUGUUAACUACAUAAACUUCUCUGUUGAUUAUGAGCUUACCUGUGUAAAAAAAAAUGAUAGACUAAAAGAAUAUACAAAAAUAUUAGCUUAUUGUUAUUUUAGCUAAUAGGAUUCUAGGUGACUUUAAUUUCCUUUAAAUAUUUCAGAAUUUUCCAAGUUUUCUAUAAUGUGUAUACUUUCCCUUUAAAAUCAGAUAAUGAUUUUUAAAAUAUCAAUACAUCCAUUUUGUAUAUGCUGGGUGCUCACAUUUAACAAUAAAAAAUGUACACAGUGAAAAGACUGGAAAGAGUAUACUGAAUUGUUGAUGUGGUUACUGCUGGGAGUCAGGAUCAUGAGUUCAUUUUUUUCCUUCCUACUACUUUUCCAAAUUUUUCCUAAUGGAAGUUAUUACUUUUAUAAUGGAACAAGAAAUCAAAAAAAAAAAAAAAAUUGAACCAUGGUUUUGAAGAUUUGGAUCUAACCCUGGCCAUGCCUCUUACUAAAUGUGUGGUCUUGGUCAUUUAAAUAAUCUCAGAGCUUUGGUUUCCUAAUCUCUGAAAAGGAGAUGAUAAUACUUACCUCAUGGGGUGGUUCUGAAUAUUAAAUAGUGUGUUGGUAUAUUGAGCACCAACAGUGUCCCUGUUUCUUAAGUUUACAAAUGGUCUGGUUUGCUCUCUUUUCCAAGAAAGUGUAACAGAUAAAAAGGAAUUUAGUCUAUUUUCUCCUUGCCAAGAGAACAUGUUUUAUUUUGGGGUGCAGUGUCAGAGUCCUCAAUCAAAUAAUCAACUAGUUUUCAGCCAGUGAAAAUAAAACAUUUUGAAAGCAUCUUUAGCUUCAUUUCACUAAUAUAAGUAUACCUUCAAAUAUUGCUAAAAUGUUUUUAUCCAUUUAAUAAAUAUUUAUUCAACCAUAAUUUAUGUGUUGAUGUAAAGUAGUUGUGCCCUGUCUACAUAUCAGGAUGGGUGGCAGCCUGCUGUGUAUCACAUGUUAAGUCUAGGUUUCAUCCCAUCCAUUGACUGGUGUGUGAGGUCACAAGAUGUAACUUGGGCCUGGGCUGUCCAGAAAAGGGCCAUAAAGGAAUCAGAGGAUGCAAGGUAGAGGACUCGUCUUCAGUGCCCAAAGACAUCUGCCCGUUUGGUUGAAACUCACCAAGACCCUCUGAGGAAACCACAGGUUAAGGAAAUGGUACUUUUCUGGAGUGAGUAUAAAUAUGGGAUGACUCAAACAUGGUAAGGAAGAAGACCCUUGCUGAUCCAAAUUUAUAGGCCGUAUUUGAACCAUCCUACUGCUUUGAUAAUUCCCAAGAUGUGAUGCAUUAAUCGUGGUUCUGCAUUUGCUUUUGUGUAAGUGCUAACGUAUUGUACAACCGUGUCUCUGGAAACAUUCAGUUAAUUCAAUUUUAAUUAUUGAUACAUCACAGCAAGUCUCCUUAUCUUCUCGACUUCUGCCUUCACCGUUUCUUUCCGAAUGCCUAGAGCCUAGUCUUCAGUACAUCCCUACAGUUAGGAAGUUUCCUUCCCCUUGACAUAUUUGACGUAUCCAUCACCUUUCUUUAAUUACAGCCAAAGUCUUCAUUACAAGUGAAUCUUGUGUUGCCUUAUUUCUAUUUUAUGUUGGGUUCUGUAUUUCAUUCAUUGUAUACUUCCAGUGUGGCUUCACCCACAUCUUUAAAUCCAUUUCUUAGUUCUUAAAGCAUUUAGGUGGAGCAUAGUAAAGCUGUGAGAUCACACUUUAAUAUUGCAGUUAUUUGGAGAAUUGAUUAAGUUCCUCAAGCUGCCCCGACUCAGAACUUAAUUUUAUUUUGGAAAUGUGUGCCUUAAUUUUGUGCUUCAAGAGAUUCAUGACUUACAGAAUAUUUAUAACACAAUUCAUGCACAUCCAUAGGAAUAUGGCCGCAGGAGGCCUGGUGCUUCUUAGGGGCAAUUGGCAUAGAUUCGCACCACGGCAGUCAUAUUUGAUUAAUCAAAGCUCCAGCUCCUAUUGAGCAGAAGUGGAAUAUAGGGUUCACUUCAGCCUGAUGUUCCAGGUGGUAGCACCAGUCUGUGAGAUGGAUGUGAACUAGAACUUCUGCUGUCUCUGAGCUAGGCUUUGCUUUUGCUUAACUGUGUUUGUUACUGUUUCAGUGCUCAUCAUAAUGAAUUAGUAUAUGCCUAAAAUACAAGCACAAGAAAUGGAGGCAUAUGUAACCACUAUAAUUUUUUUUAAUCUCAUACAUGUACAUUUACUCAUGACUUCUAUUUCCCUCACAUUAAAACAGAACCUUGACUACUAUAGCUAUACUUUUUCUUUUGCAGAAUAUAAGCUAAAGGCAAAGAAAUUUACAAGUUCUGGGUAAAAUGGCUGCUUGAGAGGAGAUGAAAAGGCCAGGGUAGAACCAAUUUUAGGCAAUUAACCCAUGAACCUAAACUGAACCCAUCCAAGGCCCAAUGCUUUAGAGUCGAACACAAGUGAGAUUAUUGCCUCGGCUAUAGGACAGGAUAUAGGAAACUGAUCCUUAUUGGGUGAGGGAGGAGGUUUAUUAGGCAAGACAGCUAGAGUAGAGAAAGCCUCUGCCAUCCAGCUGAGGAAAUUUCCCAUCCUGGCUACACUGGAGAAUUAUUGUAUUUCUAAGCAUGUUCAUGGUCUCUUCUGGGAUAAUGUGGAAAGAAGAGAAAGAAACAGCCCCUCUAAUAGUAUCUCCACAAAACUUCUAAAAGAGAAACAGUAUCUGGGAGAAAAAAAGAUUAAAGUGAAUCAUGCAUCAAAAUAACAGAAAUCUUUUAUUGAAAGCCACUUUAUUGAUGCUACAAUGAGAGUAACAUAGAAAACCAUGGUAUCUUAACUAACUUGAGAAGUGAAUACUAAUAAAAUUGUGCCAGAAAUUUGAACCUCAAAUUACAGUGACCUUUAAAAACAGCAAGAUUUUGUUUACCUACAGUGUAAGAACAAUUUUAUAACUUGAACAGCCAUAAAACAAAUCACACUUGCUCAGGAAAGCAGUUGCCAUGUAUAUUUUAGUUGGUGUGUGUUAGAACCAGGUAAUUUUUAAAAUAGCGUAAGAACCUGAUGUGUGCGGAAUAGCAGAGAGAAUGUAAUGCGACAUGAUGUGAAUCUAUAUACACACGAUUGCCUGGCUACCAGAGGUCAGACUGUGCUGCUGUUUACACUUCCCCAUGAGGCAGCAUCCGCUGUGGAUGGGACAUCACCCCUUGAAGAUUAACAGAGGUGGAAAAUCACUAGCGCAGACAUACACCAAGUGACAUAUAAACAGCUAUGUUGAAGUAGAACAUCCAGUUUCUGAAAUACGUUGUCUUUUUGAGAUGAUGCUAGUUUUGAGGAGAAAAGUCUCUUCCAGCAAGUUAAAAAGAGUACAUACUUAGUUAUCAUGAAUAAACCUUUUGUUGAAUAUUUUUGCAGUUACUGUAAAAAAAAAAAGUUUUUCCAUAUAAAACAAAGAUAUUGGGUCAUUUUUAUUCAUUAAAAAGACUAGUAGAAUCACAUUUUGUGCUGGAUUAGAAACAAAAGUGGGGUUUCUUAAUCAGGCAGUGAUACAUAGGUGUAAUCUAGCAGGAAAUCUUGUACUAUUACUGAAUGAACAUUAAUUUACAUCAGCACGUUUCUGUAUUUUGUUAUCUGGUAUAACUUAGCACCACUGUUAUUUAAAGAUUUGGGACUAUUUGCAUUAUUUUAGAGCUUUACCCAUCAAAACACUAAUCCACAGCCUGAAAAUUUGUAAAACAAGAGGCUAAGGCUUAAGGUAUACAUAGAUUUAUAUUAUAUAUAUUUUUUAACUCGAGAGAAAAAUACCCUUUUCCUCAUAAACUCUUUGAAAACAUUGUUGAUGAUUUUUAUGUGCAAUAUGUUAAGACUGCUUGGUCUCAUUGUAUGCCUUCUUGUAGAAAAAGAAAAACAAAAACCAUGCGUGCACACACACAUACAUUUUGCUUUAGUUUUAAUUCUGAUUUCAGUGAUACCUAGGAAGAUGAAAUGGUAAUGCCCCUGACCAAAACCCUGCCAGCCUAUGAGCACCCCCUUGUCUGAUGCAGGUUCUCUGAACACUGCAAAAGGGACACACCAGGAGGAGGGGCCACCGCCACCAGGGGCUAGACCGUGACAUAGAGAUCCAACACUCAGUAAAACUGCAAAACACGCAAGUCUGUCAUAGGCAUCUAGACCCUUUUCCACCACAUCCCCAGUGGUGAAACUGUGCUCUUCAUGCACACCUGGCUUUUGGGCUCUGUGUGUGGAUCUCCAUUCUGCUCCUAUGCCAGGACUAAAUGCCCCAUCACUUCCCAAUGCUUGUUGCUUCUUCCUUCUCCCCAACCUAAAACUCACAGCCUCAGGAGCAAUCUCUCAGUGACUUCCAACUUUAUGUAAUCCAUGUGCAAGUGCUAACGGGAAAAGACCAAAGGUGCCUCCCACUCCUAUUCUGCACCCCUAGAGUUCUCUCUUCCAAGUGCUCAUUUAACCAGAGAAGGGACUGAUCUCCAUCGGUGGUGGAAGUUCCUAGUUAGGAGGAAAAGGAACACAACUGUUCAAGGACCACCUACUUUGGAACUAGGAAGGGUAUGGAAUCAUCCCUCAACCCCACAUUGUGGAUGCUUGCUGGAUAUAAAGGAUGAAAACAGGAACUAGACAAAGUUUUUGCUUUUGAUGGUUUAUUUUGAUUUUCUGGCUAUAAACUGAAUCAGAAGAUGCACUAUUUUGGUGAUUCUAACAAAGCUAGAAUGAAAUGUGAAUAAAACUAUUCUUUGUUUCCUAAGGUCUGCUGCAUCAUUGCUUGCUCUGCAUGUACAGGUAAUAGAAAAGCUCCACCUGAAACUAAAAGCACCUUCCCCUAGGACAUACCCUACGAGCAUGCACCCACUGUUCCCAGCAGGGGUGUUUUAACAGCAAGGGUGCUAACACAUAGCUGGGAAUGGGCUGUUGCUUCUCAGCCAAUUUUCACACACACGGUAGCGAAUGGCUGAGCACCCACAAUACGAUAAAAUGGAAGCUGUUUACUAGUCUUUAGCUCUAUCCUGCAGGGAGAAAACUUGCUACCAAGAUCAUAGUCAUCUUAUCCAAUCAAUAUCUCAGAGUGGGGAAAAGAGUUUGAGCAACAAAUCAAGUCUUGUUCCAUAGAAAUGUUUGCCUCUUACCUAUCUUAAGCUAGUAGAGUGAGAAUGUGAAAUUCAUCUUGACUCCAUGCAUUUGAAACAAACAAACAAAAAAACAGUUUGGGCAGCAAUUUUAGAAGAAAACAUAAAAAUGAAAGAAAAAAAGGUAAUCCAGAGUAUAAAAACUAGACAUUAUGCUGCAAAUGGUGGUCAGAGCCUUUAGAGCCUUUCAUAGAAAAUUCAUACCAACUUGCCAACUGGUAGGAUAAGAUUUACAAUCUGCUGCCCCCAUGGGGAGUCCAGCAGGCAGUGGAGGUGCCUAAUCAAGCUGAAGCUGUAGCUGUCUUGCCUCCCUUCAUUCCUGCCAGUUCCAAGCCUGGUUCUCCCUUUCCACUUACUCUGUAAGCUACCCAGUAUUCUUCUAAUAUAUUCCCUUUCCUUUAAGUAAAAUAAAGGAAAAGAAAAUACCCUUUUAAGGUAUUUAUUUUAAGGUAAAAUAAAAUACCCUGUUAAGGAUUUAUUAUCAUGUUGAAUAACACAAGGAAAUAUUUAAAGAACUAACAGAUAAGGUUAAAAUAGACCAGACAAUAGGAAAUAAACAAUGCAUGAAAUGAAUAAAUGAACAAAUUUGAUUUUGAAAUACUGAAGAGGUGGUCUGAAAUACCAUAUUCCCUCUGGCCCAAAGGUAACUGUGAAAAGUAAAGAACAAAAUCCAAAAAAGGUAGAAGGUAAAACAGCCCCAAGCGAUUUGGGAUAAUGGACAGGAUUAAAUUACGCAAAUCUGCAAGGGAAUCUACAAAAAGUAAUGUGCCUGUUAAUGGGAUUCAAACAUAGAUAGUCCUUCCAGAAUAUCUAAUUUUAUCUUUUCAGGAACUUCUUUUAGAAAUCCUCUCAAUCUUAUGUCCAGAAAUUCAGUGUUGGGUUGACUUUAUGUGCAAACACAACUUGAAAGCCUUUCUUCUAAUGCAAGUAAAAAAAAAGUGAGAGAAACUGUCACUUCAUUUAAAUAAAGCACCCGUUUUAAACUGAAAAGUAUAUUGGCACUUGAAAUCUACAUUUGCUUUACACAUUUUUUUUUUUUUUUUUAAGGAACAGCUCCAAGGAGAGGUUGUUCCUAAUUGAAGCACUGGAUAUCUUUAAAAAAUAUAGCAACUACAGCAAAUUGAAAGCACUUAUUAUGCUGUACUGUUUCACAAGCACAGAUUCAUUCCUUUCCAGACUGUACAUGAUCUGGGGAUCUAUUUUCUAGAUUGGAGACCCCAGAGGAGCAUGCUACUUCCUGUCUGAACAAAGUGUGGCUCAAUGCAGAGACCGGGUCACUCCAUUUCUUAAGGGCCCCUGCCACCCCUCCAUUUUGACUCCCUUAGUGGAGGGACUGGAAACAUUCCUUUACAUCAGGGUUUACUGCAUUAUAUUGACUACGGAUAAAUGGAACAUCUCAGGCAGUAGGACAGUCAAUCAAUCAGAAGUAUCUAUGUGCAAAAAUUUAAAAAUGGGGGGAAAGGCAUACAAUGGAACAUAACUGGUUUCCUCUGCUUAAUGUCAUAAUUCUAUAGUGGUUUGGGGGGAUACGUGUUUCUUAGUUCCAUGAUACAAAUUGCUAUUUAGCCUCAAAAUUUCUCUCCAAAUUAAAUAUUUACAAAAAUAAUUGUGUUUAUUAUAUUUAUUUAUAUUAUGGCUUAUAUUUAGUGCCAUGGGUCCAUUCUCUGCCUCAGUGCAUGAAAAAUCAGAGAUAUUUCCUAUAAUGCAUCCAGAACACCAACCAUGAGUACACACAUCUAGUGAGCCUACAAACCUGUCAAAGAAUUCUGCAAAUGGCUCUAAGAAUGUUUAAACAUGGAAGACAGAGUGGAUACCCAGAAUAGAACAUUAAAGUUACAGUUCUUCUAAGAUCAUAGUGUCUCUGUAAAUGAAAUAAAAAAUAAAACAGAAAGACUUCUCAUUCCAUUUUUGACCAAAGAGGAUGUCUACAAACUACAUACCUCUAGAGCAAUCAUGUCUCCCAAAAGACACAGGUUAAUGAUUUUUAUUUGAAAUAAUAAUUUUCACUUAAAAAUAAUUAAGAAGAUAAAGGGCAGGGUGGGGUAGGCAGAGAAGGAGGUCUGUUGGCUCCUUACUAGCCAUUUGUGAAUUCUUUCAACUUGGGAGUUGUGCCCUAGGAAGCAAGACUAGAAAGCAUAUUUACAUGAGUACUUUACAUUCAAAUCUAUAAACUCUUUUAUAGUCAAAAUAAACCUUAUAACAUUAGCCUUUUAUACACUCAAUACCAGAAAACAUUCAGUGCACAUUAAAGUGAUGUUGGUCAAAACCCGCUUUAUUUGCUGCAUCUUUAAAUCUGUCUGCCCUCCCCUUCUUGACUUGAGCCAUGAUCCAUGUGCUCAGCCAAACCUCUGUCUGAUGGGUCUAUUUUAUUGUGCUCUCAGUAAUCACGUCCCUUCUUGUCAUGAAAAAUGCUGUUUACAGAGUAUAUUUUUAGAUGAUUAAAUUACUUUUCAAGAUGUUCUCAAAGACUUUCAGAAGAGAGGUCCUUUACAGGAAAAAACAAAACAAAACACAACACAGAGUAUAAAACCUUGCCUUCUAACUUGACCCUUCAAUUUGGGCAUCAUUUCAUGGAGAUGAAAUGGAUUUUGCCUAUGGACACUACUGGGAGAAAUCAAAUUUAGAGGGUCUUUCUGAAAUCUUGACUGCAGAUUGCAUUCAUCUCAAGAAAAAGGAGAAAGAAUGACGAAAUUCAGAAGUUCACAUACAGAGCAUGUGAUUGAUCUAUUGAUUUCCAAGCUCACUUUCUUUUGGAAUGACAGAGUGGCAUUAUAACCACCAUCAAACUUUUUUGGUUUUGAAGGAGGAGCUUUUAACAUAGAAUUCUCAUUUUUCUAUGGGUUGAAAAAAUAGGGCUCAAAACAUCAGAUUCUUUCCCUUGUCAGCUGUUUGUGUAACUUCACAGUUGCUGUGCACUUGUGGCUUUAGUUUUAUUUAACUCUUUAUGACCCGUUGAGGCUUUCCCUCCCAGCUGGUAAGAGCCUUUCAUCAACCUGCUUCAGCAUCAGUGCAGAAUGACCUAUUGGGACUCCUUAGGUCCUACUGAUGAUAAAUACACUUAAUAAACAGUGUAAAAGUUGUUUUUCUUAAAAGUCUUUCAUUUCACAGAUAAGGGUGACUAAAAAGUUUUGCUAAGGAACAAACUUCAGGCCACUAACGGCUGGAGUAAUGGCAAGUUAGAAGCUUCCGAUUCACCAGCAGCCAGUGGUCUGAUGUGUCUUUGGUGCACUUGUUUCUCUCAGCAGGACAGCCUGUGAUGGGCUCACAAGCCUCCAAGGCGAGACUGGCGGGUAUGUUCUGGUACUGAAAGAUCACAGCUGCUGAGGUGGGCACUGUACGUCACCAGAAGGAAAGUGGACAGGCUGGAUGCUUCUCAGGGGCCAGCCAUCAGCAGCAGUGUCUCAAGGCCAGACAGCAGCUGCACUACUCGACCCUUGCUCUAGGAAAGCACAGAGACCAAGAAUUUCGCUGGGCAUUUUGUUUUCUUGUUCAAUUAAUUACUCAAUAAACUCCCUCCAGACCAUUCACAAUUUAAAGGGAUAUCAUUUGUUUUGGAUAAAUAACAGUUAUGGAGAGACAAAUUUGCUGUAUUGAUACUGUAUUUACAUCAUCUGCUUAAUAAUCCCUAAAGACCAUUUGAUGGAUGACAAUGAUAUGACUGUAACUGACUGUUUUUAGGCAUUUGGCAAAAUACAUUUGUGUGUAACAGCUGUUUUUUUUUUUUUAAUUUUAAAAAUGUUUACAUAUGUACAAUUGUCCUUGUAUAUAUACUGAUAUAAAUAUGAAAAGUAAAAAACAAAAGAAAAAUACAUGUUUAAUGUUAGUAUAUGGAAUACUGGCCUCUCAAAGCUUAAAAGUCCUGCAGAAAAAUUCUAUAUGCCUUAGCCCUGCAUGCUAGUUUCUAUUACGGGAUGUUGUUUCCUUAAAUGUGGAAAACAAUGAACAGAAGCUUCAUGCACAUAGCAUUACUGUCUACAAUGGGAAUGUGCUUCAGAAUGCCAAGUUCUGAAUCCACCACUGUCCCUUAGGAAACUUGCUAUGUUUGGGUCAUGUGAGUUGGUUUUUGUGAUAUUUCUACAUGUAUCUAUCAUGCGGAUUAUCCAAUAACAUACCAGUCCCUUUACUGUUCCUUGUAUGGAGUAGCAUUUCAGUGGUUCUUUUCAGGGUUCAGUUACAUCCUAAGCCAAUGACAAAAAUAAAAUGGUAUCCAGAUUUGAGAAUCGGCUUCCUCUUCUCCAUGGCAUCUCAGAGGGUUUUUGUAUUGUCUGAAGAGCAGAUAGAUUUGCAGUGAUUCCGUGAGGCUGGGUUUCCAUAAAAGUUGAAGUAAACAGUUUCGAUGUGUCACAUGUAAACAAUUGUUCUUAAAUGGAUGUCUCCCAUAGCUGCACAACAGAGAACAAAAAAAUGUACAUUGUGAAACCGGGAAACAAACAUAUUCUGAGCCAUGAAGAUGAAAAAAAUUUAGUUGAUCCCCUCCAUGCAUUUAUGAUUGUGGAUACAUACUCUUGCUAGUAAAUAAACACUCUCUUUUUAAUUCUC